AGAGAGAAUUUCUGUUGUCAUUAGGAACUUUCUAUCUUCUGGUGUGGUUUGUGCGAUAAAAGAUUUAUUAAGAAAUGGUUUCAUUAUCUGUAAAUUCACUGAGACAAGUGAUGCGAGCCAUGUUGGACUCUCCUGGAUUUGACCGUGUUUUAAGUAAAGUCGAGCUGGUCUCAGCCAGUCCUGGUAAAAUAGUGUGUGAGAUGAAAGUGGAAGAGGAGCACACUAACCGAGGAGGGACACUACAUGGUGGACUGACCGCAACUCUGGUUGAUGUGAUUUCUACUACUGCACUCCUGUACACAGAGAGAGGAGCGCCUGGAGUCAGCGUCGACAUGAACAUCACGUAUAUGAAUGCGGCCAAGGUUGGAGAAGACAUCUUGAUAACCGCACAGGUUUUAAAGCAAGGACGGAGUUUGGCAUUUGCUACUGUUGAUUUGACAAACAAAGCAAACGGGAAACUGAUCGCUCAGGGAAGACACACAAAGCACCUCGGUAGCUGAUGCUUAACGAAGUCUGAGAAACAUGGAACCUGUAAACGUUUGUAUAUACACAUGUAAGCAUGUAAUAAAACACAACAAGAGAUUUUCAAA